AUGGAUAAAUUUCGGAUGAUGUUCCAGUUUUUACAGUCCAAUCAAGAAUCUUUCAUGAAUGGUAUCUGUGGGAUAAUGGCCCUGGCCAGCGCUCAACUAUACUCAGCGUUUGAAUUUAAUUGCCCUUGUUUACCGGAGUACAAUUACGCGUAUGGGAUCGGGAUUUUGGUCAUUCCUCCCAUCUGGUUCUUCUUACUCGGAUUUGUGUUGAACAAUAACGUAUCCAUGCUGGCGGAGGAGUGGAGACGACCGACGGGAAAGCGGAGGAAGGACCCGACCGUGCUGCGCUACAUGUUCUGCUCAAUUGCCCAACGGUCCUUGAUUGCGCCCGCAGUGUGGAUAUCAGUGACGCUAAUGGAUGGAAAGAGUUUCCUCUGCGCGUUUAGCAUCGAGCUGGACAUAAAUCAGUUCGGAAACAGCAGCGGUCGCGCACUGUCGGACGCUGAGCGCGUCAAAUUACUGGCCAAAAUUCCCUGUAAGGACAUAUUUGAUGGCCACGAAGUUAUAUCACGAGAAGCUGCUACCAGGUACCUUCGCUGUAUAUCGCAGGCCUUUGGCUGGUUCUUCUUAUUGCUGAUGACCUUCACGGCCUUCCUGGUGAGAGCCAUCCGACCAUGCUUCACACAAGCCGCUUUCCUCAAGACCAAGUACUGGUCCCACUACAUAGACAUCGAGCGCAAGAUGUUUGACGAGACCUGCACCGAGCACGCCAAGAGCUUCGCCAAGGUCUGCAUCCAGCAGUACUUCGAGAGCAUCAGCGGGGAGAUGCACAGCUUCCACGGCCACCAUUCCGGCAAAACGGACGAGGAGGAGGAGGACGGCAAACACAAGAGCGAGGAGGAGAAGCUGUUGGGCAUCCGGGCCCAGGACGACAUGAACAAAGUCCUGUGGAACUGGCACACCUGCAAGCCCCCUCUUAACCUGAAAAAGGACCAGCUGCCCAACGGAGACAGUAAUGGGAAAAUAAACGGCCUCACAAAUGGCUAUCACUCGCAUGCCACGCCGAAGAAAGAAUGGGUGGCCUACUACAGCAAGGUGUGA